AUGGUUUUCACGCAGCUGAGUUUAGAUGAUUUUUCGGGUAUGAGAUGCACGCGCAACAUGAAUCCUAUAGAUUAUAUGCUUGCUGUAUCUGAAGUCUCUUGCUUAAAAUCUAAGUAUGGUGAAGAAGAUAACUUAAUCGCCGAGCAAGACAAAGAAUUUCGUUAUAAGAAAGAAGAAAGGAACGUUCAGAAUAUACAGUCCAUCUUAUCAUCAUACUCACAAGUUCUUGAUCGUCGUCAACAAAAACAUCCCGUUCUUGAUUGCUUCGUCCCAAAGGGGAAACUAUCAAAACCAAACAGGCAGCCAAGAAAGUUUACUGAACGAUUCGAUGGUGAAGUUGAACCGAUGAUCAAGAAAGCUGUGGAAAAUAAUUCUGAAGAAGACAAAGAACAGAGAGUAGUAAAGGUUGACGAUGAGGAAAAAAACAGAGUAAACAGAGGAUCAGAAGAAUGUGAAUGUUUAUUGGUCGAAAAAUCAGGGGUAAAGAAGAGGAAAAUUAAUCAUACAGUUGAAGCCGUCGCGCCCCCUGUUGUAAUCCUCAACAGAGAAUUGAGUAUUGAAUUCAAGAAUCAGAUGUUCAUUGGGGGUUCAGUUGAAUCAGCUAAAUUGGUUAUUGAAAAAAUACUAUUCGAUACGGAUGUUAAUCCAGCCGAAGGAAGGCUUUCAAUCCCACAAAAGCAGAUGACUAAUAGGUUUCUAAAUACUGGAGAAGAACAACUUUUGAAUACGCGCAAUGGAGCUAAAAUGUCUGAGAUGAAUGUGUCGUUGAUUGAGCCUUCGCGUCAAGUAGUUCAAAUCAAUCUGAGAAAAUGGACUAUGAAUAAAAAUAAUGGAAAAACAAGUUCAAGUUAUGUUUUAGUAAAACACUGGAAUGAUGUGACAAAAAGGAACGGUUUGAAAAGCGGUAUGAAGAUGCAAUUGUGGGCAUUCCGAAAGGAUGAAAAUUUAUGUUUUGCAUUGGUUAAAGUUUAA